UAAUGAAAACAACAUCUGGACCUCUGCCCUCAUAUUUCAUAGCAUCCAAAUUCAAUCACAAGUCUAAAUCUUCUCUCUUGUGGUCUCACAGGAAACUUCAAGUUUCUUGCUGCAGCCUCCAGAAAUUAAAUUUGGAUGGGUGCAUUCAGAAUACACGUUUAGCUGGAAAAACGUAUUGUUCAACACAUCCUUUGAGUGAUACUGAAUCUCAUUCACAUAUCGAGGAUGAAAAAGUAGGUGUGCUUCUUUUGAAUCUUGGAGGCCCAGAGACACUUGAUGAUGUUCAACCCUUUUUGUUUAACCUAUUUGCAGACCCAGAUAUUAUUCGUCUACCAAGGUUAUUUCGUUUCCUACAACGGACUCUAGCACAAGUUAUUUCCAUACUAAGGGCGCGCAAAAGUAAAGAAGCAUAUGCCUCCAUUGGAGGUGGUUCGCCUUUGCGCAAGAUAACAGAUGAGCAGGCUGAUGCUCUUAAAUCAGAACUUGAAGCGAAAAAACUAUCUGCUGAUGUCUAUGUUGCAAUGCGUUACUGGCAUCCAUUCACCGAGGAAGCUGCUCAACAGAUUAAGAGUGACGGAAUCACGAAGCUUGUGGUGUUGCCUCUUUACCCUCAGUUUUCUAUUUCAACAACUGGAUCGAGUAUUCGUGCACUUCAGAAUAUCUUUAGGCAAGACAAAUUUUUGUCAAGACUUCCAGUUGCUAUUAUCCAGUCUUGGUAUCAGCGUUAUGGUUAUAUCAAGUCUAUGGCUGACUUAAUUGAGAAGGAGUUGCAAAGUUUUAAUACACCUGAAGAAGUAAUGUUAUUCUUCAGUGCACAUGGAGUGCCAGUUACGUAUGUCCUGAAUGCUGGUGAUCCAUAUAAGGAUCAGAUGGAGGAAUGCAUCUAUUUGAUUAUGCAAGAACUUAAAGCCAGAGGAGUUGGAAAUAAGCACAGAUUGGCUUACCAGAGUAGAGUUGGUCCAGUGCAGUGGUUGAAACCGUACACUGAUGAAGUACUGGUUGAGCUUGGCCGAGAAGGUGUGAAGAGUAUUCUUGCAGUUCCUGUUAGCUUUGUGAGUGAGCACAUAGAGACACUGGAAGAAAUCGAUAUGGAGUACAAAGAGUUGGCCCUUGAAUCUGGUGUUGAAAACUGGGGUCGUGUCCCUGCUCUUGGCUGCACGUCUUCCUUCAUUACUGACCUGGCCGAUGCAGUUAUUGAAGCCUUACCUUCUGCUACACCAAUGUCAACAUUAUCAACCACUAGCAGCUCUCAACAAUUUAAGCAAAAUCCACUUGGAUAUGCCAUCAAGAUUUUCUUUGGUUCGUUCUUGACAGCACUUUUGCUAUUAUUCCCUAGAAUUAUAUCAGCAUUAAGGAAACCCGUUGUUUAGAAAACUAGAAACGGUUAGUUAUAAGAGUUGCAAACUCGAGAAGUAGGAAUUAAAUGUGGAAAAGAGGGUUAUGAUCCUUGUGCAUACCAACCAAAAUUAUGUUUUUGUAGGUCUUUAAAGUCGAAUGUUGCACAAUUUACCAAUUUGUUUGCUUUGUAUGGAAAAUAGGCUUUUGUA